AUGGGACCGAACAGCGCCAUCAAAAGGACCACAAAGACGGAAUUUGAUGCGAACUCCUCGACGCUCGAGGGAGAAGAUCCAUCUGUUGGGAAUGCCAACUUUUGGGAUGAGUUCUUCCUUCUCAAACCAAAGUUGAAUAAUAUUGAAUUGGAGAUGUCCAAACUCAGCGUGGAGCAGCUGAUGGCUCUGCAACCCAGAUUGAAUCUCCUCCUAUGCAGGUGCCAUGACACCAUGUCUGAUGAUAAAUCAAUACGUGCUGUAAAUGCAGCUCAGACAUUUUGUGGAAUCCUGAAAGGCAUCUAUGCAAAGACUCCAUUGAGUGAACAGGUGCUACACUUUGUCUUUGGCUUGGAGACAUCUGAUGCCAAAUUUCAAUCCAUGAUUGAACAGAUCAACAUCCAUCUCAAUGGUGAGUUCCCUCAGACCCUCAAGUCAGUGUGCUUGAAGCUGCUUUUGGUGAUGGCCACAGGUACUGACAAUGUGAGCAGCAACAAACUUCUGGAAUAUCUUAUGGUUCACAGCAUCCAUGAGACUCUCAUCAAUAUCUUGUCCAAUGUCUCCCUAAGGAAGCUUUUUGGACAUGAAGCUGUAAUGCUGCUCACACUUCUUGUCAAUUACCGGAAAUUUGAAAGCAUCAAUCCAUAUAUGGUGAAAUUGUCCAUAUUGGAUGAUGAACUUGCUCUUCAUGGCUUUGGACAGGUAGUUGGUGUGUCUCUUGCUGAAUUCAACAAUAGAUUCGCUGCAGAGAUCCAAGAGGCUCAUAGUAGAGGAAUCAUUUCUGCACUGACAUCUGCAGUUGGCAGCUUCUUCUCCCCAGAAGAAGUUGACUCAAAGUCUGCCUCUAUAAGAGCAAAUAUUGGUAUGCUGCUGGCCCUUUAUGAAGCAGCACAUUUGAACAGAAACUUUGUUGCAACAAUCACUCAAGCACAAGCAGAUUUGGUCAAUAAGAAGUCAGCAGAAGACAGCAUGACAGAAGAAACAAAAGACACUGAGGAUCAAAUAAUGUCAGAUCUUUCAUCAGGAUCCUCUAACCUUCUUGUAACUUUCCUGGAAUAUUGUUCUAUCUUGAUGCAAGAGACCAAAUCAGAGGCAAGUUGCAAUACUGUCAAGCUGUGUUUCAUCAUCCUGUCAUGCAUUUGUGAGGACCAAUAUGCAAAUUCCUUGAUGCAUGAUGCAAACUUUGUGUUUAGUGUCACAUUACACCGUAUGCCAAUGAGGCACAGAAAGGUGCCCCCACAGAAGCUCUCUACCUCACCAAGGCCCCUUGCUUGUGCAUUCCUGGAUCUCAUGGUGGAAUUUCUAGUGAGCCAUAUGAUGAAGAAGCUCCCAUUGGAGCUUCAUCAUCUGUGUUUGGGCAUCAUUCAUAGGUUACUCGCUUAUCAAAAGAGGAGCCGUGUACGCCUCAGCUUCCCAUGGUCUGACCUAUGGUCCAGCCUCAUUGCUCUCCUGAAGUAUCUCUUAGCAAAUGAAGCCAACAUGGCUAAAAGAUUGAACAUCUUCAGUGUCUGCUUGCAAGUCAUCAAUGUCUUCAACCUGUUCAUCACAUAUGGUGACACUUUUCUGUCUGAUCCAGCCAGCUAUGACUGCCUCUACUAUGAAAUCAUCAGGAUGCAUGACGUCUUUGAAGGUCUCUAUUCCAUGGCUUUACGAUAUUCAUCUAUUGAGAACAAUGAGUUCAAGGAUUAUGCAUUGAAGCUUACUCAUGCUUUGGUGAACAUCCGUGCCAUAAUCAACCAUUUCAGCCCCAAAAUUGAACAGUACAUGGCAGCAAAUGGAGUAUCUCCCCUUACAGAAGAGCAGGUGCUAGAAGUAGUGAGACUGAACUACCAAAGCCUAACACUGAAAUUGCAAGAGUCUCUAGAUCAAUAUGAGAGGUAUUCUGAAAAGCCUCAUCAAUCCUUCUUCACUCAGAUGGUGAGCUUUCUGUAUUGGAAGCUUCAGAUGUUUUUUCCUCCAUUCUAA